AUGUUCAACGCUAACCAGCCCGAUCAACCCCACAGCGCCGAUAACACCGUCGUCAUGGUUUCGCAGCCCCCCUCUGGAGGAUCGCGCAAGAUCUCUUUCAACGUCUCCGAUCAAUACGAAAUUCAGGAUGUUAUCGGUGAAGGUGCUUAUGGUGUUGUUUGCUCUGCCAUUCACAAGCCAUCUGGCCAGAAAGUUGCCAUCAAAAAGAUUACGCCCUUCGACCACUCCAUGUUCUGUCUCCGAACUUUGCGUGAGAUGAAGCUUCUGCGAUACUUCAACCAUGAGAAUAUCAUCUCUAUUUUGGAUAUCCAGCGACCCCGCAACUAUGAGGCUUUCAGCGAAGUUUACUUGAUUCAGGAACUCAUGGAAACUGAUAUGCACCGAGUCAUUCGCACCCAAGAGCUUUCGGACGAUCACUGCCAGUACUUCAUCUACCAAACACUCCGUGCCCUCAAGGCCAUGCAUUCCGCCAAUGUUCUCCACCGUGAUCUCAAGCCGUCCAACCUUCUGCUUAACGCCAAUUGUGAUCUGAAAGUGUGCGACUUUGGUCUGGCUCGCUCAGCUGCCUCCACCGAUGACAACUCUGGUUUCAUGACUGAAUAUGUGGCCACUCGUUGGUACCGUGCCCCGGAGAUCAUGUUGACCUUCAAGGAAUACACCAAGGCUAUUGAUGUUUGGAGUGUGGGCUGCAUUUUGGCCGAGAUGCUCAGCGGAAAGCCUCUGUUCCCCGGAAAGGAUUAUCACCACCAAUUGACCCUUAUCCUUGAUGUUCUCGGCACACCCACCAUGGAAGACUACUAUGGCAUCAAGUCCCGACGAGCCCGCGAGUACAUUCGUUCCCUCCCAUUCAAGAAGAAGAUUCCUUUCCGUGCUCUCUUCCCCAAGAGCAACGACCUGGCCUUGGAUCUGCUAGAGAAGCUUCUGGCCUUCAAUCCUGCCAAGCGUAUCACCGUCGAGGAAGCCUUGCGCCACCCCUACCUUGAGCCAUACCACGAUCCUGAUGAUGAGCCUACUGCUCCCCCAAUCCCUGAUGGAUUCUUUGAUUUCGAUAAGAACAAGGAUGCUCUGAGCAAGGAGCAGUUGAAGAAUCUGAUUUACGAGGAGAUCAUGCGCUAA